GGGUUCAUCAAUGCGGAUGGUCUAACUUGUCGGCACUGUGGAGAAGACAACAACCUUCUCUUUUGUUUGUUCACAUACAUCGUUUUAUAAACAGUCUUAUUCUUCUCUGUUUAACAAUAUGCCUCCUGUCUUGAAUAUAUGUUUCUCCCUAAAUUCAAUUUGAGCUAAUGCUUUUGAGAAACCUUUGACACCAAGUAAAUUUUUUUUUUUCUUUCUUAAACUAUUUUGCUUCAUAUCUUGGAGACAAGACUUCAAUCCAGUUUUCUAGGGAGAUCUUGAUAAGUUUUUAGGAAGGAUUUGCGGCUUUUUAUUUUUUCCCUAGAAUCACACUAUUAGUAUCUGAUAUGUAGUAUGAUUAGUCGAAUCUGAAGUUUUCAGGACAAUGGUACUGAGAGAUUUGCACCUCAAUAUGUACCCCCUAGUGAUUUGAUAUGCUCAUUGUUUGAAUAGUUAGUUUAUAUCUCCAUUGAGAUUUUGGUUGAGUGAAUUUUCAGAGUUGUAUAUCAGAAGGUGGUGGUUGUGCAACAAUGGGAAAGAAGAAGGGAUUAUUCACUAUAUUGAAAAGGAUUUUUAUUUCAGAAUCUCAUUCAGAUAAGAAAGAGAAGAGAAGAAGAUGGAUAUUUUGGAAGGUUAAGGUUAAUAAAAGAUUACCUUCCAUUACAGCACCUCCAGAGAACGGGACAAGACACGAGGAACACAAGGAGGAAAGUGUGGCAGAUGUGGAUGAAGCCAGUUAUGUAUCAUGUAGUCCACAGUUAGAUUCCAUAGAAAAGUUAGAAACUGCUGAUCUGGUAGCCCAGUAUCAAAUGUUUCUAAAUAAAGAGGAAGAAGUUCUCGCUGCUACUAGGAUUCAGACAGCUUUCCGAGGUUAUCUUGCAAGGAAAGCUCUACGUGCGUUGAAAGGAAUAGUGAAACUCCAAGCAUAUAUAAGAGGUCGUGCAGUGAGACGCCAAGCAAUGACUACACUAAAAUGCUUGCAAUCUGUUGUCAACAUUCAAUCACAGGUCUGCGCUAGUAGAACACAACUUCCCAGAGGCUCUCACAGAGAUUACGAAGAGAGCAAUACAUCUCACAUGUUCAGCGAGAACACACUCAAGGUGGACACAAAUGGUCAGAAGAGAUGGGACGAUAGUCUUUUAACAAAGGAAGAGGCCAAAGCUGUGGUCAUGAGCAAGAGAGAAGCUUCUCUAAGAAGAGAAAGGACCAAAGAAUAUGCAGUCACCCACCGGAAAUCUGCGGAGUCAUACCAGAAACGGGAUCGUAACACGAAGUGGAAGUACUGGUUAGAUGAAUGGGUAGACACACAAAGAACUAAGAGCAAGGAGCUAGAAGAUCUCGACUUGUCUUUAAAACCAAAACCCAAAGACGAAACAAUGAAUAAAACUCCAAGGAACUCAUCACCAAGAAGAUUGGCGAGUUUUAAUAAUAAUCAUAGAAGACAAGUUUCGAUAAGUGAAGAGGAAGAACAGAACCCUGGUGGUGCGGUCACUGUCGUUACACCAACUUACAUGGUUGCAACAGAGUCAGCAAAGGCAAAGUCAAGAUCUCUCAUGAGCUCCCCGAGGAUAAGAUCGAGAAGUUUUGACACGCAGUUAGAGAGUUACUCCCCGUAUAAGAACAAGAUGUGCCUGACGAGUUCGGUAAUGAGUGAAGCGCCAAACAAAGUGAGGGUAAGUGCAUACCAGCAACGGUCUCCAGGGCUAAGGGGAUUUUAAUAAAGACAGGACCUUUGGAAUCAUGCAAUAGUAGUAGCUGAAACAAGCAGAGCAGCUUGAGAUGAUUGCGUGGGAUUGUGAACAAUGUAUAUACUUACAUACGUUUCCAACUGUGACUUGUUGGGAAUGUCACACUCACAUGUCUAUCAUCAAACCUUCUAUAAUUCGUUUUUCUUUUGUUUCACUCAACUUCAUUUGUUUAAACUGCACAAAGACAAUGUUAGGCAUGAAAUAUUUAAUUUGUAGAAUUUUUUUCUUUUUAAUUUUUUUUUUAAAUACGAUAUUAGACCUCUUCUUGGUUUUUUGUUCUUAUUACAUUAAAGGAGUGUUGGAGGCGCAAGCACGACUAAAGCGACACCGUUUCGAGCAAGGCGUGAAGGAAGGUAUGUCACUGGUAGACUACGACGAUUCUUCAUCCGACGACGAUGUCUUACCCGCGGCGGAGCACAAGGCAGCUUUGCCACAACCACCGCAACAAAAACCCUCUCCCUCGAAAUCACGGAGGACUUUGAAUGAGAAGGAAGAAAGUGAGGGACUUCCUCAGCUACCAGAUGCUUUGCUUCUUCUGGAGUCACCAACGCUUACACAUGCGAGUGGCGGUGGUGACCAUGCUUCCGUUGUUGCAGCUGCAAUGCGAAAACGAGAGUUAAAUGGGAACUCUUCUUCUCUUCCUCGUCGUCCCAAGGUGCCAAGAGGAGCUUUGCCUCACUCCAAGAAUAUUCCAGACACUUCGGGUAACCUGCUUGUGCCUCCUCAGCUCAAAGGAAGGAGCAAUGUUGCCACAGAAGAUAUGAGCAGGCUUUUUGUGAAGAAACGGCAAGAGUCCUCCAAGGCAACAUCUCCUAAUCAGGAUUAGUUUUUUUUUUCAAUUUUGAUUUUUGAAUGCUACCUAUAGUGUGGUAUCCUAGUUGGUGGGAAAUAAAAACAGAGCAUGGAACUUUACUUUCUUUCGUUUAUUUAUAACAUGACUACUAUUGUCUUUCUUA